UUGGCCGAGCGUGUGAGCGCCGACUUGGGGGCCUCCGUCACAGCCGGUAGUUACGCAGGUAGUGUGGCUCCCUCCUCGGUGAGGGGGGGAGCGCACCAACAGCACGGGGCUCAUUCUCAGGGCGCUGCCUUUUUUGUUUGAAAAAAAAGUACUAGGCCCCAACCGCCGCUGCGGCUGCGGCUGCGGCCGGUCACCAUGGCAACCCACCGCUCUGGGCUGAAGAGAAGAAGGAAAAAAAAAUGAACCUUUUUUUUUUAAAAAGGGGUGAAAAACGGAGAGAACCUGUGCGAGCGGAGAGAAAUCAUGAAAGAGGUUGAUAAUGCUUAUGAAAAAUAUAAGAAGGAAACAGAUACAAGUCAAAGAAAACAAUUGUUGAAUAAUCUACAACGCGCAUUGAUCAAUAACCAAGAGCUAGGCGAUGAGAAAAUUCAGAUAGUUACACAAAUGAUGGAUCAGGUGGAAAAUCGUGCGAAGCAGAUGGAAAGUCAUUCUGAAUAUUUUGAGGACCUACUUGAACCAGAGAAGCUCAAAGCAGAGCUGCCCCAAUCAGAAAGGUCUUCCAAGCGGUCACGUAGACUGAGAAAUGGAGAUAACCGUGACAUGUGCCAAAUCAAUAAUGAUACUGAAGAGGGAGAGGACCAACCAAAAGAGAAGAAAUCCAAAUCUGCCAAAAAGAAGAAACGUUCCAAAGGUAGACAAGAGAGAGAAAUCUCCCCUGUUGACUUUCUGAUAGAUCCCGAUGAACCCACUUACUGCCUCUGUAACCAAGUGUCUUAUGGUGAAAUGAUUGGCUGCGACAAUGAAGAGUGUCCGAUUGAAUGGUAUCAUUUUUCUUGUGUUGGACUAACAUAUAAACCAAAAGGAAACUGGUAUUGUCCAAAGUGUAGAGGUGAUAAUGAAAAGACCAUGGACAAAUGCCUAGAAAAAUCCAAAAAGGAUAGAAGAUCAAGAUGAUUACUUUUUUUAAAUAAAAUCAAAUACCAUGUAUAAUUUUUAAAAUUCAGUGUUGGGCUGUAACGUAUAUAAAGCUAUGCAAUAAUAUUUUGUCUAUAGUUUUAGCAAUAAUUCAGCAAAAUAUUAAUAUAAAGUAAUUGAUGCAUUAAAAUGCAGUAUGUGUGCUGGUGUGUUUAUUGAAAAUAAGAAACAGAUAUAUAUAUUUCAAAUAGUUUACCCAAAUCAGAUUUGCAUUAGUGAUACAGUAUCAACCUAAACUUUUAAACUACAAUACAUUAUGUAGAAAGAUGGUAACGCUCUGUGUCACCAGCAUCAUGCUUUGGCUGGGGGACACAAUAAGUUAUUGCAAAUAAUUCUGUGCUUGUUGUAUAUGGGUCAUUGCUGCUUUAUGCUGUGGUACAUUCCGUAAUUAAGGAUAACCUUACUCAGUCUGAUAAUAGUGCUUUCAAUAGAACCACAGUAUUUGUAAUAUUUUUACACUUUAGUUGUUGCCUAAUUUUGUAAUACUUGAAUAAAACAGUCAGACAGGAAA